AACAUUACGUAUUUGAGGAUCGGCUAAGAAACCCUUCGUACCCAGAGAAAAAAUGGAGGAUUUAAAGAAGCGGAAGCUUGAGGAGACUGCCAAUGGUGAAAUUACCGCCAAUACAUCCGAAGAACAGUUGCGGUCUCUCUUAGACCCACUUGCCAAAACCCAGCUCGUCGAUCUCUUAUCGAAGUUAGGAUGCCAAUACCCUUCUAUUGCUGAGGAAAUUAAAAGUGUUGCAAGUGCUGAUCCUGCCAACCGAAAGCUUUUUGUUCGUGGCUUGGCUUGGAAUACUACCACCGAAACCUUGUGUGCUGCCUUUGUUGAGCAUGGUGAAAUCGAGGAGGGUGCUGUUAUAAUCGAUAAAGCAAGUGGAAAAUCACGUGGGUAUGGUUUUAUUACUUAUAAAGAUAUUGAUUCAACCCGGAGAGCGUUAGAAGCACCAAGUAAACUGAUUGAUGGCCGAAUGGCUGUUUGCACUCUAGCUUGUGAAGGCGUUAGUAACGUGAGUAGCACCGAUCAAGCACAAAGGAAGCUCUAUAUUGGUGGUUUGUCCCCUGAAAUAACAAGUGAGAUGCUUCUUGUUUUCUUUAAAAAACAUGGUGAGAUAGAAGAAGGUUCGGUCGCGUAUGACAAGGAGUCGAACAAAUCACGUGGUUUUGGGUUCAUUACCUACAAGAGUGUAGAGGCUGCAAAGAAGGCUAUUGAUGAUCCACAAAAGAUGUUGGGGGGUCGAAGCAUCACGGUGAAACUUGCAGAUAACCAGAAGAACAAAGUGGUGCAGGCGACACAAGUGGCGUUACCAGGAGGAAUGGUUCCUGUACACAUUGGUGGAUACCCUGCACAGGCCGCAAAGCCACACCCGUAUACUUAUCCUGGCGGCAUUGCAUACCCCAACCAACCAACUGCCGCCAGUGCUGCCGCCCCUCCGCCAUACUCGAUCCAACCCCAGAUUUCGUACACUCAAUACACACCAAGAAAAGAAAUUAUGGCUGCACCACCUACAGGAUUAGCUACUUAUCCUUAUUACUUCACCAAAUAACCAGCAGCAGGGUGAAGGCUGGUUGGGUCUGUAUCGGUCUGUAUCUUUGAAGGUGCUCGGUGGGAAUGUAAGGAAAAAAAGCAAGCAACUUGAGAAACUUCAGUGUUGUAAGUCUAUCCAUAUUGGGUAGGAGUAGGUUGUAGAAUUUAUGCAAUUUGGUUAUUAAUCUAUGGCUUGAGAUUAUAUA